AUGCAGUUCGAUCACCUGCCAGCGCCGCCCUUCUACGCGUUGAAGGAAGACGACAAGGCUGCACUCGCCGUCGUCGCUGCCUUGGUAUUCCUCAUCUACGCCAUCAUCGGCAUUACACUCAAGCUCAUCAUCCGUCUCAACAUCACAUCCCUCAAAGCCCACGAUGUGCUUUUAUUGAUAUCUGUAGCCCUGCUACUUGUACAAACCACAUUCGUCAUCACGGCCUGUAACCACGGGCUAGGACGUCACCAAAAUGUUCUUCACUCCACCGAGCUCAAAGCAUUCUACAAGUUAUUCUACGCAUCGUCCAUCUUCGCAACUGCCACAGCAGCGACGACCAAACUGUCGUUGUGUCUGCUCAUUCAGUCAAUCAAUAACCAUGGCAAAUUCAACAUUGCCAAUCACCUACUCUUCGGUGUAGUUAUCGCCUGGAUGGUGUCUGGUAUUACAGCCGAAGCUCUUCAGUGCUCACUUCCGAGACCAUGGCUUGCCAUCAGCCUGGAAAACUGUCCUAGGCGAGAAGUUGUCUACCUCUACAAUGGAAUAAUGGACUUAACCACCGACGUUGUGCUCUGCUUCCUUCCAGUCGCAAUGAUGUGGAAAGUCCAGACCACCCUGAAGAGAAAGCUGCUGGUCAUUGCUUUUGUUCCUAUUCUAUCAAUCCCAGGACUCAUCAGCACGCACAAUCUCGUCACGGACUACACAGACAGCACUUGGCACGCUGUACCGCACGUCAUCUGGCUGCAGUGCACACUGGGCCUUUCAGUGAUGACAGCCUGCAUCCCGAGCCUGAAAGGAGUCAUCGACAGUCUCAUGGGCUCGACGUCUGUGGCCACGAUUCAGGCGCCUUACCAACUGACCUCGUCAGGCGGGGGUGAGAGUGGCAGGCUCCACGCCACAGCGAUCGGCGGAGGAACCAACUCGCGAUAUGGAUCACAUCUGACCAGUGGAGCAGCGAACUCAAGAGCUACACGAAGCAAAUACCUACGUCCAUCCGAUUGGCCAGUUGCGGCACAAGGACAUGUCCACGAAAGUCGGAAAGACAAGGAGGAGGGGGCUUACAGAACCGAGAGUAAUGAGGAUCUGGUACCACAACGGCAUGAGAGCCGAUCAAGUUCUCAUGGGGGAUCAUACAAGUCCUCAGAGGCUGGCUAUCAGUUGUAA